AGAAAAUAAAAAUUUUUUUCUUUUUGAAAUUGGGCUGGGUCGGGAAGAAUAUACUUACUAGAUACAACGAGCUUGCGGACUACAAGACGAGGUCACCAGCACGAUUUAUUUUCCCAAGCAGAAACUACAUUAUUUUCUAGUAUUAGAACUAGACACGUAGAAGAGGACAGAAAGCUGCGAAGGUAAUUAGUUAGAAGCAAGGCCGAAAUCAGUAUCAGCAGUGGAGGUGCAACUACAACAACUACAACUGCAGAAAACUUCUCCUGUCUAUGCAAUGCCAAUGAUUCCACGUCACUUCUCGUUGUCGUUCUCAUUCAACCUCCGGAGGGCAGCCACGUAAAAAUCGGCUUAAGUUCUUCGUGGACCGAGACUCUGGGUAAAAACUAAUGUAACUCAAGCAGAAGCUGAAGCCGGCCGUGCUCCACCACCACAACUACUCGGCUAAAACUCGCUUGCUUUUUCCGACCAUCAAUACACUGGACGCUGCUUGGAUAGGAGAAUUCUCCGAGGACAGGGCCGUCGACGUAAAAUGCCGGUCUCGAACACCGAUCCCCUUCUACGCACGGAUGGGUUCCGCAGGUCAAGAUCCUCCACCCCCAUGUCGGGACAGGCGCUCGUGGAGAAAUUCUCCAAGACUUACUCCGACAGGUAUAGAUCGAUCCCUGCCAACAUGUGGCACUUAUGUGGUUCUAGUCGUCUAUCUGUGCUGCAGCUGAAUCAGAAACUAUAACUAACAAAAUCGACGACAAAAACUCAAAUAAAGAAAAAUAAGGCAAACGAAGCACGACCUUUGUUCAUCAUCCCGUAUAAGUCACUCUUUCUCCAUAAAGAUCGAUCCUCAUGAUGAAGCUGGAACACCAACAUUUUCUCUUCUAUCAGGUUCAAUUUCGUGACCCAUUCCCCACCCAAGUUCAGCAUGCGACCUCGCGUGAAUUUUGGCGCGAUGCCCGCCUUGUCCGACGGCGGGAAGUACACGAUAAAGAGAAAAAAGUCCGCCAUAGACCGAACCUUUCGAAAACACGUAAGAAGUUGGUCCGCGACCGAUGUCAACGUGUGGUUUAAGGACGCGCUCACGAGAAGAGACCGGACCGAGCUGCUGUCACAUAUUCCGCCGAUCGAAAGCGAACUGGAUGGGAAGGAAAUAUUGACCUGGACGAAGUACUGCUAAUUAUUUUUCUGAUGCAUAUAAAAAAAAGCACUUGCACUACAAUGAAUGAACAAGUUCCAGUGCAGCGUGAGAAAGCUGUGCGUGAGAAAUUUCAAUUGGUUAUGUGAAUAAAGAACUCAAAUUCUAUCAGGGCCAAGUUUCGGGACGAUGUUUGCCGUGGAGAUGGAGAACUGGGAGCUAGUUUGUGGUCAGAAUUGCGGUUCAACAUAGAGGAAUAUCUCGCCAUAUCCAUUGCAAAUAUCAUGUCUGAGGCGGCUGGACAAAUGAAAAAGUUUUUCAUUUUCAUCGUCCAGGUUUUUUUCCAUCAUGCUCGCCGGCGACGGCCAACACGUUGCCUGGAAUGCAGCGUCUUGUAGUAUUUUUACAUACUGAUACAUCAUGAUAUAGGAGAAGAUAGUGAUAGAGGUAGUACUUCGAGAGCUUAUUUCACGCACCAGAAGGCCUUAUUCUUCAUGAGGGGUUGCCACCUUUCAGCGUGACGUGGCUACAUCUGUCGAGCAUCACAAGUUUACUCCUUUCCAGACGCAGGAGACAUAUUUUCAAUGCAUACACUACGCACGGCUACGACGAUCUGGCGCACGCCGUGAACUUCACAAAGUACUAACUCCUGUUGAUGUAGCACUAGUGCGACUGCGAGUGCCUCUCUCUGUUUACAAUAACAAUCGCCACACAUGCACAUGGUCGUGCUGAUGCACUAGUCAUAGCAUGUUUGAUGUUUCAAAAUCAAAAGCAAAACUCUCACGAAGCAGCGACUUUCUUGUCGUUCUUGUUGCGCCACAACUCCUCCAGCGCGCAGGUCACUUCGCUUGUCGGGCGUCGAGUUGUCUGAUGAAGUAGAAGUGUAAAAACGAUUCUAUUUCGAGAUGAUGAAAAUUAUCCCACCUCCGCUCCUGCAGGUAUUGCGCCCCCCGUUGGUCCUGUCGCGGCAUGCUGGACAAGCAGAAGAAGGGCACCGAGCCACCCGGCCCCGGUCGCUACCGCGCCCCGAGCUCCCUGGGCAUGUCGGAAUCCGGAAAAGGCCACCCAACCAUACGGCAACUCGGACGGUUCGCCAUGCCGCAAGCAGAGAGGAUGGCAAAACCCAACAAGAACCCGGGUCCGGGGGCCUACUUUACGCCGGUCGGGAAAGACCACAGGCUGGUCUGGGCGCCAAAGUGGAGCGUCACAGGAAGGGGGGACUGUACUUAUCCUUUGUUAUUCUGUUAAUAUUGUUUCAUUGUUAAACGUUUUGGUUUUCCAUUCCUUCGGAUUCAUACUUCUCGUUUUCUCAAGAGCAAGCAGGUUUUUGUACACCACUACUUACAUUUGAAAAAAUGAACAGCCGUCCUGGUAAACAAAGAGGGCGGCCCGCUCGGUGCUUACGACGUCGACAAGCUGACCCGAAACGGCCCCGUCACCGUCCCGGCCUGGAGUUUGAAGGCCCGCAUAGAAGACAAGACUGUCGCGCAGCGCAGCCCUGGACCGGCACGCUACGACCAGUACGGGAGUAAGAAAAAGAUGCCCGGCGGUAUUGUGAGGAAAAAAAUCCCCCCUCCCCAUAUCGAAAAGGCACACCUCAGAAAAUUUGCCAUGCUGAUUUGCGACCACAAAUCGUCUCUGUCUUGCAAGAAGGCAACCGCACAGGUCCCGCGGCAUUAUGUAGGCGGUUCGUGAUGCUAUUGGGCCUACAAAGUCGACGCUUUUCAUGCUAAUCACCUAGGCCAACACCUCUCUACUCGGGCUUGAUAUGGGCCUGCAGUCCUCUACUGCAAGAGAGAUCCGAUUUGUGUAAGCAAAUCCAGCAUUUGAGACCUCGUUUCGAUAUGGGAAGGGCGGAUUUUUCCUUUUGAUAGGCGGCGACUUCUGCUACUGGCCCACCCAGGGGGAGGAAACCUCCAAGAACAUCACGCGGAAACCCGCCUGGUCCUUCCGCACGGCAUGGCGGAAGUAGAAUAUACAGUAAAACAUCCUGUUUGAUAUAUACGUUGUAAUUACAUCACGGCUUUUUUUCUCCAGAAGUAGAAGCCUGUGUCCGGUGUACAAUAAACUCCCGUUUUGCGGGAAGAUACAAUCAGUUUGACGUAAAUUUACCUCGAAUAAAGACAAUUUGAGCUAGCAUUCGACUCAUAGUUAUGGCCUUAAUAAUAUCGGCAUUUUUUGGCUAAUCUUUGCUCAUCACAUUUUUGACUAGCUACUUUUUCGUUUUGAUUUAUGUACGAUACGCAUGUGCAUUGUUCAACCGGCAUAAUUCUGAAAAAUGUACACUUGGCUUUGAAAAUCAUGGCAAGCAAAAGGAUGGAUUGAUCCGCCUCUUCUUGAAGAUGGUGGCUCUACUUGUAUAAUUGUUGGCAUGCUACUUGGUGCUUGAAAAUUAUGACAGACUAGCAUCGGCUACGCAAAAAAGCUCUCUUUCAGACAGCCUCUUCGCCUGCGAUAUCCAAUGUAGAAGUACACAUUGUGAGGCGUCAGAGGAACGUGGUCUGUGAGACCAGCACCCGACAUCGUCCCCGUCAUCAAUCUGCCGGACGAAAGGAUCUUCGAGGCGGGACCGGCGGGCGACCGCACGCACACAG